AUGACAAAGUUAGUUGGUGAUUAUCUUGAAAAAGAAUCUCGCGUAUUCGAACAAAAAUGGUCACACCCAACUCAGAGCAAUGGGACCUUGAAUCAAUUCGAUCGUAUAAAAACACUUGGUACAGGAUCAUUUGGUCGUGUUAUGUUAGUCAAAGAUAAAACAACACAAAUUUAUUAUGCUAUGAAAAUUUUAGAAAAACAAAAAGUUGUCAGAUUAAAACAAGUAGAACAUACAUUGAAUGAGAAGAAAAUUUUACAAGCAAUCAAUUUCCCAUUUCUUGUCAGUAUGGAUUUUAGUUUCAAGGAUAAUUCAAAUCUAUAUAUGGUACUUGAAUUUGUCAGUGGAGGUGAAAUGUUUUCCUAUCUAAGAAGAGUUGGGAAAUUCAGUGAAGAAGAUUCACGUUUUUAUGCAAGUCAAGUUGUACUGGCAUUUGAAUAUCUGCAUUCCUUUGAUUUGAUCUACAGGGAUUUAAAACCUGAGAAUUUAUUGAUUGCUAGUGAUGGUUAUUUAAAAGUUACCGAUUUUGGAUUUGCUAAAAAAAUCAAAGGGAGAACAUGGACAUUGUGUGGAACACCGGAAUAUCUUGCUCCUGAAAUUAUUUUAAGCAAAGGUUACAAUAAAGCUGUAGAUUGGUGGGCAAUGGGUAUUUUAAUAUAUGAAAUGGUUUGUGGAUAUCCACCAUUUUUUGCUGAUCAACCCAUAGAAAUUUAUGAGAAAAUUGUUGCUGGUAAAGUUCGAUUUCCUGGACAUGUUAGUAGUGAAUUGAAAAAUCUUCUUAAACAAUUAUUACAAACUGAUUUAACAAAACGUUAUGGUAAUUUAAAAAAUGGUGUUGAUGAUAUUAAAUGUCAUAAAUGGUUUCGACCGACUAAUUGGGUUACAAUCUAUCGAAAAGAACAAUGUGCUCCAUUCCUACCACCAUGUAAAGGACCUGGUGACACAAGUAACUUCGAUGAUUACGAAGAAGAACCACUUCGAAUAUCUAAAACGGAUUAUUGUUCAAAAGAAUUUGAAGAAUUCUAACACAAAACAAAUCAAAGUGAAUAAGAGAAAUAUACAUAUAUAUAUGAAAGACAAUUACAAUCUUAUCAACACCUAAUUUUUUUACUUUCAGGUUUACCCUCAAAUCUCAGUCUUUGUUUCAAUACACUUGUUUGAUGAAACUUUUGAGGCAUAUAAAAAUUCAAUGAAAAGAUUAAACCUGACUUAACCGGUCACCUAGAUUUAUGUUCAAAAUAGAAGAUGCCUAAUUUCCGGCAAUAUUCAAUAACUCAUUAUGUGUGUAUAUGUUUGUGUACACGUAAAUCUGCUUUGAAACCAUCUGUGUUAUCACAAUCAACAAAAUGAAAUCCUGAAGUAUUCAAUUAGAUUUGUAAACUAUAAGCUUUUCUAUCAUUUUGUAUGGAUUAACAUCAGUUCACUAACAUCUUGGUUUAUUAUGAAAUUGGAGACUAUUUCUCAGAUUCUUGUCCUGUUUUUUUCCUACUCUGUAAACUAUCACAUGUUUCUUCUGUAAAUGAGAUAACAAUUAGUCAUUGAAAGCCACUAGUUCUGUGAUUGUUAUUAAUUAUUCAUCAAUAAUUGUAUGUUUAUUGUAUAUCUAUCUACAUAUGUUUGAUUAAUGCAAUAUACAUAAAUAUUUGUAUAA